UGAAUUUCUCGUUGCGUUUCAUUUGCACAAUUCUCAAUGCCCACUUUGAAAAAAGCCUGCCCACUGCCCACUCUGCUCAUGAAUUGCAGCAAAGAAAAGUAAUCUGUCUCUCUCUCUCACCUCUUCAAAUGAUUAUUCAGUUUAAUAAUGACAAUCCUCCUCUCAUUUCCAUUUACCACACCACCUCAACCUUCCUUCGCACUCCACCCCUUCUCUUUUUAUCAUCACAAUGAAACCCUCCUCUUCUAUCUUGUCCAGCUGAAGCUCAGCAGCCUCAAUGGGCAUUCACUGAAAGCAGUGAAAAACGUUUCCGCAGGAAAAAAAUCAAAUGGGCAUGUUGAUUUUGAUCUUCUCCUCGCUUUUAUUAUCGACCCUUUUCAGCCCUUGCUCUCUUGCUCUUACUCAAGAUGGCCUGACGUUGUUGGAACUUAGAACCGCUUUUAAUGAUAGUAGAAAUCUCCUUGGUGAUUGGGAAGCUUCUGAUGAGUCUCCCUGCAAGUGGAUUGGAAUCUCUUGUCACCCCGAGGACCAACGGGUCAGUUCAAUUAACUUACCUUACAUGCAACUAGGAGGGAUUAUUUCUCCCAGCAUUGGUAAACUCAGUAGAUUACAGAGACUGGCACUUCACCAAAAUAGCUUACAUGGAUAUAUUCCUCAUGAAAUCGCUAAUUGUACUCAGCUCAGAGCCCUGUAUUUGAGGUCUAAUUAUCUCCAAGGUGGCAUACCAUCGGAUAUCGGAAGCCUAUCUGCCCUUACAAUACUGGAUUUAUCAAGCAAUUCGUUGAAGGGUGUUAUUCCAUCAUCCAUUGGCCGUCUCUCACUUCUGCGCCUUUUGAAUUUGUCCACCAACUUUUUUACUGGGGAAAUACCAGAUUUUGGAAUUCUUAGCACCUUUGGAAGAAAUUCGUUCAUUGGCAAUCUAGAUCUCUGUGGUCAUCAAAUUAACAAGCCCUGCCGAACCUCAAUGGGAUUCCCUGCAGUGUUGCCUCAUGCUGAAAGUGACGAAGCUACUGUUCCUUUGAAAAGGCCUUCACACUAUAUCAAAGGGGUAAUAAUUGGUGCAAUGUCCACAAUGGGUGUUGCACUUAUAGUACUUGUUCCAUUCUUGUGGAUCCGUUGGCUUUCAAAGAAGGAAAGAGCGGCCAAGAAAUACACAGAAGUCAAGAAGCAAGUGGUUCAUGAAUCAAGCACAAAACUCAUUACUUUUCAUGGUGACCUUCCAUACCCAUCAUGUGAGAUCAUAGAAAAGCUGGAGUCACUGGAUGAAGAAGAUGUUGUCGGUUCAGGCGGAUUUGGUACUGUAUACCGAAUGGUGAUGAAUGAUUGUGGAACUUAUGCUGUUAAAAAGAUUGAUGGAAGCAGAAAAGGUUCAGACCAAGUGUUUGAGAGAGAGUUGGAGAUCUUGGGUUGCAUUAAACAUAUAAACUUGGUCAACUUGCGGGGAUAUUGUAGUCUCCCGGCUUCAAAGCUUCUGAUCUAUGACUUUCUAGCAAUGGGUAGCUUAGAUGAUUUCUUGCAUGAACAGGGACCAGAAAAACAACCUUUGGAUUGGAGAGCUCGUAUAAGGAUAGCCUUGGGCUCUGCUAGGGGGAUUUCAUACUUGCAUCAUGAUUGUAGUCCUAAGAUCGUGCAUCGUGAUAUUAAAUCGAGUAAUAUUCUACUUGAUGAAAACUUGGAGCCCCAUGUUUCUGACUUUGGACUGGCCAAGCUUUUGGUUGAUGACGAUGCCCAUGUCACAACUGUUGUUGCUGGAACAUUUGGAUAUUUGGCUCCAGAAUACCUGCAAAGUGGGAGGGCAACUGAAAAAUCCGAUGUUUAUAGCUUUGGAGUUUUAUUACUGGAGCUGGUGACUGGGAAGAGACCAACUGAUCCAGAAUUUGUAAAGAGAGGCUUAAAUGUUGUUGGCUGGAUGCACGCAUUAUUGGGAGAGAACAAAAUGGAUGAUAUAGUUGACAAAAGGUGCAAGGACGUCGAUGCAGACACUGUAGAAGCAAUUCUUGAAAUAGCAGCCAAGUGCACAGAUGCCGACCCCGACAAUAGGCCGUCAAUGAGUCAAGUGUUGCAGUUUCUAGAGCAAGAAGUCAUGUCCCCAUGUCCUAGCGAUUUCUACGAGUCACAUUCUGAUUAUUCUUGAAACAUUAUGUAAACAGAUAGGAAAUGCUUAUUGACUGACCCCAGAUCUGUGAAUGGUCUGCAGCUCAGUUGCAGUCCAUGAACAUUUCAUCUCUCUCAGUGAAAUAUGCAGAUCACGGAGUUUGAUAGGUUGCAUAGCUCUGUCUUGACUGGUAAGUUACAGAUAAUAUAUGGUUUUGCA